GCGUGACGUGGCAAGACGAUGACGACGCGGCGCGCGGUCGAGUCAUCCAUGGGCAUCCAUGGCAUCCACGUCGAGAGGAGACAGGGUCUACGCAGUGGGCGUUACGACGGCAGUUAGUACGUGGACACCACGAUAUGGGCAGCGGAUGCACCACGCCCACCAAGCCCGUGCUCGAAUGGCGACGCGCUGACGUCGGCGACUUUGCUUCGCAGGCCAUCACUGACGAUGCGACGCGCCAACUCGUUCUGGAGUGGAUAUCUGCCAAUGACGUGAGCGGGAGCCAGCUCCUCGACAUGGAGCCCAGCAUGGUCGUCACCGCGCUGCAGCUGCACGGACCCACUACGGAGAUGGUAGCGCGGCUAAUUGUGGAUGUAAAGCAGCGCGCGGCGCAAGAGGCCAUGGCACCCGAGAUCCGCACGACGCUCAAAGACUUGCCCGCCGCGUUGGAGAAGGCCGUCUAUGUCUACGAAAAGUACCCACUCGUCGUGGAUCACACGGGCGGCCAAGCAGCCCAGUUCUUCAAGUACCAGCGUGGCUGCUUCCUCCUUGCGGGGAAUCCACUGGACAUGACCGAGGCGUCGUUGCGGCGCCACCUUGUCGCGGCGCUUCGCCUCGGUUCGCUCAUGACCAUCUGCUUUGAUAAGCUCACGGGGCUCGAGCUCGACACGUACUUUCUGGACGGCGCGUUUCCGCACCAAGUGCUCGAUCGCGCGCAGUUUUUCAAACCCGAAGUGUGGUCGACGCUGCUCCGCAAGGAAGAAGGCGACCCCGAACCCAACCUCUUUCUUCCGUGCGAUGCGUUCAAGUUUGCAUUGCUCUACGGUGCGGUCGAGCCGCCACCCCGGACGCGCCAGCGCAUGUGCCUCGUGUCGGUGCUCCCGCCGGACGCGCUCGCCGCCGCGAACGACGGCGACGACCCGGUCGCGUCGGCGCUUGGCCUCAAAGAGGUGCGGCGCAACAGCGUCGACGUUGUCGAGGCUGGCUUUGACGGCGAUAUUGCCGCACUUGACAGCUGGCUCGAGAAGGGAUACCACCUCGAAAGCGAAGACGGACACAAACACACGGCGCUCUCGGAAGCCGCGUGCCAAGGCCACGAUGAGAUGAUUGCGCAUCUCUUGGCGCUCGGUGCUAAUCCGAAUGCGCGCAACGAUGCGGGGCGGUCGCCACUCUUCCGGGCGGCGUACAACGGUCAUUUAAAUGCCGUCAUUGCUCUGCUGCACGCCGGCGGCGACCCACGGUGCACGACGCAGCAAGGCGAGCGUGCGUUCGACGUGGCAAAAACCAAGGACAUCGCUGCCGUUCUCAGCGAGUGGAACGUCGAAACGACGGAGACACUCCUGCGCGAGCGCAACGAAAUUAUGGAGAAGAAGCUCCAGGAGCGCCUCACGAGUCAUGUCGAGCGCGAGCAGCUGGCCAUGCUGCGCAUCCACCAAGAUCUGAUUGCGACGGCGUCGUCGACCGCGAGUACGGCGGCUGAAGCCCUCAAAGAAAAGCUUGCCGCACUCGGAAGCGAAGCCGUCGAAACCGAGACGCGACCCCGGGGGACCGCCGACGUCCGCGACGAGCGCGGCGCGACCCUCUUGGCUCUUACUGCCCAAUAUGACAAUGCAGAGAGUGCAACUAUGCUCCUUACCUUUUGGAAGGCGUUUCAAGACGAGAGUCAUCCGAUGCUCCGCGCCCACAAGCGUGCGACCGCCGUGCAAGAGGUGUACACCAAGGUAUUCAAGCCCAACGUCAACGCCCGCGACGCCAAAGGCUGGACACCUAUUGCAAUUGCGAUCUUCCAUCAAUCGAAACGCGUUGCACGGCUGCUUUUGGACCACGGCGCCAACCCGCGCUUGAAAAACCAGGUAGCACUCGGUUUCGUCGCUCACGACGGAUGCCUCGUGGGUAGUACAACAAGGACGCGUUCGACCUUGCCCAGGACGACAUGGACGCGGCGCUCAACGUCGUGACUAGCAAAGCCGAGAUUCGCAGUGUACUCCUGGACUGGGAGUCGGCGCAACUUCAGAGCACGUUGGAGAACCAGCGGUGCAAAGGCGCGGCUCCGAUUGACCCGCUCCCAGCUGACGGUGGCGCGACGCUUCUAGCGAUUGAAGUCGCCAACGAAGCGCACGCCAAGGCGAUCAAAUCCAAAUCUCCCAAGAAAAAACUGGCGAAAAAGACCAAAAAAUAACAUUUUGGCCAUCAUUACUAUAGUCCGCUCACGACAAA